CCAAAAGUUGUUGUCUGAGAAAAAUGUGCUGCGGUUUUUCGACAGUGAAGAAUUGAGGUGGAAAAAAGUUUUUUGAGGAAUCGAGAAACCAAAAGAAAAACAGUUGUUGACAGGUGUUGAAGAAUUUCCGCGAAGAAGCAUAACUCCGGGCGCCGCCAGUUGGAUCGCGAGUAUUCAACAAUCAAGUCGUCCUUGACGGGUGCUCUGACGUUCUUCAACGCGGUUGAGUCGAAUCGAGUCGAGUUUGUGUGAGUGGCUGGCAGCACAUCCUUGAGAAAAAGGAGUCACGGAAACGCGCGCGCGGCAAAGAUAUGAGUUAAUCUAAUUGAACCCGGAAUCCCCCUGUUCAAAUCUGACAUAAUCUAUUCCUGAUUCAAUAAAAACCAAUGAUUUCGAUCUGAUUUGAAAUGAUCUAGAUCGUUUUUUGAGACAGACCGAAAAUAACUUGGAGAGGAGAAAUCCACUCGGUCCUUCAAAGGUGUUGUACACACUUAAGUGAGUUGUGAAAAAUUGAGUGUUGAAGUGCUGUUGUGAUACAUAACCUCAUCAAAUAGGCAUGAACUCUGGUGUGCUGGUUGUGUUUGCGAAUGCCUUCCUGGUGUUGCUCCUCCGUAGGUGUUGAGUGCUGAACUCCGAUGGAUAAUAAAAAUAAAUAAUCCCCACCUCUGAAGAAGAACAACGAAAAAAAAACCCGUCGAGCAAAACCGACAAAAUCCGGCAGGCGAACAAGUGAAAAUUAAUAUUUAAUUUCAUUUUUGGCACCUUCCGCCGAAAAAAAAAAACGCACACGGAAAUAACACAAACAAAAAAAAACCAUCACCCCAAUCAACAUUAUCGUAAUCGAACGUUCCCGGCUGUAAAAAAGCCCCCACUUUUCCUCGAAAAAAAAAACUUCCAAUCGAAACCGGUCCAAAAAAAAUCCGCCAAAAUUUAUCCCCACGAGAUGGACUACUCGUAUCUGAACCAGGCGGCGGCCGGGUUCGAUUCGAGCUGCCUGCAGGGCGGGAUGGAUCCGACGGGAUUGGGUAAUAUGCCCUGCUCGUACGGGGACCUCACGUCCUGUAGCCAGAUGAGUCAGGCCGCAUACACCCGGUACACGGCAGCCGCAGCUUCGAUGGCUGCCCGAUCCUACAAUCCGCAGAUUGGGGCCGGGGUUGGGCCCGGAAAUGUGAGCAUGAGUGCGCUGCACCAUGCGGCGGCAGCGGCCAGCGCCGGUGGUCCCGGAAGUCAGUGCUCGGUUAUGGGUGGCCGCAGCCAUCCGGAUGCAGUGCACCGGGCCUCCAUGUUUCAGACGUCCAUGAAUUUGCAGUCCGGCCUACCCUAUAAAGUGUACUCUGGCCACGAUUCAGUCCUAGCCGAGAAGCGGAAACAGCGCCGGAUACGAACCACCUUCACAUCCGCCCAGCUAAAGGAACUGGAGCGUGCCUUCCAGGAGACGCACUACCCGGACAUCUACACGCGCGAGGAAAUCGCCAUGAAGAUCGAUCUGACCGAGGCGCGGGUGCAGGUUUGGUUCCAGAAUCGGCGGGCCAAAUUCCGGAAGCAGGAACGCAUCGCGCAGCAGAAAGUUUCGAGCAAUAACAAUAACAGCAGCGCCAGUAACAAUAAUAACAACAACAAUAACAACAACGGCAGCGGCGUGGAUUCGGUAAAAAGUGAGCAGAAAUCGAGCAGCAACGGAACCGGAAGUACGACACCGAAGGACAUCAAGCCGGGUUCGCCGCUUUCGACGGUUUCCACCACCCCGAAUUCGAGCGCUUCCUCCCACCAAUCGAAUGGAGACAUCAAACCGCUUAAUGGAAAACUUUCCGAUUCGGAUCUGAACGGAAGCAGCGGCAUCGGCCUACUGAGUCACCACCACCAUCAUCAUCACGGACUCGGCGGCCCGACAACGCUACACUCGAACAGCAACAACAGCAGCAACAACAGUCUGCACCAUCAUCAUAGCAACAGCAACGGGAGCAGCCAACACAACAACGGCAACAACAACAAUGGAGCUAGCAACAACAACAAUAACAACAGCACUGGCACCGGAAAGUGGAGCACGUCCUGCAAUUCGCUGCUCGGGGCAGUCCAGCAGAAUGCCGCCGCACAGAAAUCGGCAGCCGUGGCCGCGGCAGCAGCGGCCAAUCAUUUGUCCAUGAAUCAUCACAACCAGCUGCAGAAUCACGCAGCGGCAGCCGCCCACCAUCACGCCGUGGCCGCCCUUUCUUCCCCGUUCUCGUCGCUGCUGGGGGCUGCGGCCGGGGGAGGUGCCGCCGGCUAUCUGCUGGAUCCUCUCGGGGGACUCAACAAGACGACGGCCGCCAAUCAUCUGUUCUAAGCGAAAGAAGGACAAGAAGAAGAAAGCUUUCCCGAGUUUUGUUGCUGGGUGGUGGAAACGCACUAGUAAAUUAUGUUCGGCUUCAAGCAAGCAACAGCAACUUUGUACAUUCUACCGUUCUAAGUAGGCCUAGAGAACGAAACAGCGAACGUGCUAGUACUAGGGAAGGAAGAGAGUGAUUGAACACUCAUUUCAUAUUGUAGAUAUUGUAGACCAGUGCUAGGAUUUAUAGUUAUCUAGAAGUAUUAUAGUUUCUAUGUCCUCUUUUCCAAAUGGUGAUUGGGAUAAUGGUGGAAGCAUAUGUAAAAUUUAAAAUUUAACAUUUUAUAUUGAAAUCGUACCGCAAAAAUUUAGAUAGACAUUCAUAG